CCCACGUGAUCGCCUGGCUACGGAAGGAAGCGAUUUGUAGGGAGAAUAGAAAAAAGCGUGGCCGUUAUUUGUUGAUUUUCCCUUCAUUAGUGAAAAAUAACAAGAACACGCCGUUAUGGAUGAUGAGGAGGAGACUUACAGGUUAUGGAAAAUUCGAAAAACAAUCAUGCAGCUGUGUCAUGACCGCGGUUACCUGGUGACCCAGGACGAGUUGGACCAGACCCUGGACGAAUUUAAAAGCCAGUUUGGAGACAAGCCUAGCGAGGGUCGACCGCGACGCACAGAUCUCACCGUGUUGGUCGCCCAUAACGACGACCCGACGGAUCAGAUGUUCGUUUUCUUCCCAGAGGAACCCAAGGUUGGCAUCAAGACCAUCAAGAUGUACUGCCAGCGCAUGCAGGAGGAGAACAUCACCAGAGCGAUCAUAGUGGUGCAGAUGGGCAUGACGCCGUCCGCCAAGCAGUCCCUGGUAGACAUGGCUCCCAAGUACAUCCUGGAGCAGUUUCUGCAGCAGGAGCUUCUCAUUAACAUCACAGAGCACGAGCUGGUCCCAGAACACAUAGUGAUGACAAAGGAAGAAGUAACCGAGCUCCUGGCACGAUAUAAACUGAAGGAGAGCCAGUUGCCCAGGAUACAGGCGGGGGAUCCGGUGGCCCGAUACUUCGGCCUGAAAAGGGGGCAGGUGGUGAAGAUCAUCCGGCCCAGUGAGACUGCUGGACGCUACAUCACCUACAGGCUGGUGCAGUGAGACGUCACACGGACAUCGAUUGAUUUGGAUAGCUUUCAAUUCCUGCUCUGCAUCUUUUGAUUCAAAUUCUGUACUAUCUCUGUGCUGUAAAAAGCAACUAGGUAUGGAUGUUUUCUUAAGCAGUUAAUUAUUGGAAAUGUAAAAUCUUUACCUUUGGUGUGUUUCUGGUCUGCAGUUUGUCACCCUGACCUCCAGGGGACGCUAGUGAUCCUGUCCUGUGGUUUUUCCACAAUGGAAUGAGACUGUCUUGAAAAGAAAAACAUUGUUUUGUGCUGCAUAUUAAUGAAGAGAAUUUUUUUUCUCCAAUUUUUUCUCUUUUAGUUGUUUUGUAUUUGUACAUUUCUGUUUUUAAACAGAUGUAAGACCUGUGUCAAUCGAAUGACAAUGUCACUGAAUGAACAAAUUAAAGGCUUAUUUACAAGCUUC